CCCUGGGUGCCGGGGGCGGGAGGAGGAGGAUCCAGCUGGGCCCUGUGAGCCCCCAGCGCUGGCGGCAAAAUGUUGAUAGUUGAGAAGACAACUGACUACCCAUCGGCCGAGUAUUCCCUGGUGGAGGAUGUGGCCCUGCAUUUCACCUGUUUGAUGGACAGGCUGAACCAGCAGCGUCUCUUCCAGCCAGACCUGUGCGACGUGGACCUGGUGCUGGUACAGCAACACAGCGUCUUUCCGGCCCACAAGGGGGUCCUGGCUGCCUACAGCCAAUUCUUCCACUCUCUCUUCACUCAGAACAAGCAGCUGCAAAGGGUCGAGCUGUCCUUGGAGGCCCUGGCCCCUCGAGGCCUGCAGCAGAUCCUCAACUUUAUCUAUACCUCUAAACUCCUGGUCAACGCGGCCAACGUUCAGGACGUGCUGAACGCCGCCUCGGUGCUCCAGAUGGCGGACAUCGCGGCCUCCUGCCAGGACUUGCUGGACGCCUGCUCCCUCGGUCCACCGGGCCCUGUGGCCAUGGCCCUGGGGCCUGGGAGCAGCAGCGGAGGUUGCCCUCCCGGCCCUGCCUCGUACUAUUGCGAGAUCAAGCAGGAGGCUGACGCUCCCAAGAUCUAUGCCCGAGAAGGGACGGAUCCGUUUUCGGUGAGAGUGGAGGAUGGCGUGGGGCUGGGGGGCAGCCCUGGCAUGGGGCUGAGCCCAGUGUCGACAAAGCCGUUCUACAAGGAGGAGAAGGAGGAGGCUGGGGGGACCGAGGGGACCGCGCCCGGGGCUCUGUGUAAGCUGGAAGGGGCCGAGGACUCCGAGGAGGACCUGGAAGGCCAGGGAUCCUACAGCGGGGAGCAGCAGCAGAUCAUCGUGGAGGUCAACCUGAACAACCAGACGCUCCAUGUGUCCAAAGGGCCCGAGGGGAAGCCGCCGGCUGCGGACACUGGGGAGGCCACCGUGGUGCUGGGCCCGGAGGAGAGAGCCAGGGGGGAGGAGGAGGAAGAGGAGGAGGAGGAGGAGGAGGAGGAGGGGGAGGGGGGGGCUGGCGGUAGUGGAGGAGAGGAAGAGGAGGAGGAGGAGGAAGAGGAGGAGGAGGAGGAGGAAGAAGAGGAAGAGGAGGAGGGUGAUGGUGGGGAGGAGGAGGACGAGGAGGAGGAGCGCAGUGAGGAAGAGGAGGCAGAGACGACAGAAGAGGAGGAGGAGGAGUCCGGCCGGGCCGGGAGGGAGAAGCCGAGGCCCGCUUGUCAAGGAGCCCGGGCGAGCCAGGCUGCCAGGGGCAGCGUGGCCACGAGGUCGAGGGAGAGUGCCAAGCAGGGGGUGUCGGGGGGGGAGGAGGAGGAGGGAGUCGAGGAGGGGGCCCGUCGAGGCCGGAAGCGAAGGAAGGAGGCCCAGCUGCCGGCCCCAGCCCCCGAUGGCCUGGGCCCCAAGGUCAAGCUGGAGGAGAAACAGCACCACCCCUGCCAGAAGUGCCCUCGGGUCUUCAACAACCGCUGGUACCUGGAGAAGCACAUGAACGUGACCCACAGCCGCAUGCAGAUCUGCGACAAGUGUGGCAAGCGCUUCCUGCUGGAGAGUGAGCUCCUGCUGCACCACCAGACGGACUGCGAGAGGAACAUCCAGUGUGUCACGUGCGGCAAAGCCUUUAAGAAGCUUUGGUCCCUCCACGAGCACAACAAGAUUGUCCACGGCUACGCAGAGAAGAAGUUUUCCUGCGAGAUCUGUGAGAAGAAGUUCUAUACCAUGGCGCACGUCCGGAAGCACAUGGUCGCUCACACCAAGGACAUGCCCUUCACCUGCGAGACCUGUGGCAAGUCUUUCAAGAGGAGCAUGUCACUCAAAGUCCAUUCCCUGCAGCAUUCUGGGGAGAAGCCUUUCAAAUGUGAGAACUGCAAUGAGCGCUUCCAGUACAAGUACCAGCUUCGCUCCCACAUGAGCAUCCACAUUGGUCACAAGCAGUUUAUGUGCCAGUGGUGCGGCAAGGACUUCAACAUGAAGCAGUACUUCGAUGAGCACAUGAAAACGCACACAGGUGAGAAGCCAUAUAUCUGUGAGAUCUGCGGCAAGAGCUUCACGAGCCGGCCCAACAUGAAGAGGCACCGACGGACACACACGGGCGAGAAGCCCUACCCCUGUGAUGUGUGCGGCCAGCGCUUCCGCUUCUCCAACAUGCUUAAAGCCCACAAGGAGAAGUGCUUCCGCGUCAGUCACCCGAUGACCUCGGACACUCCCGAUGGCGCCGCCCCUUCCACCCCUACCCAGCCUGGCCUUCCUCCCCCGCAGCCCCCGCCUCCACCGCCGCCCCCCUCACACUCCCUCCCUCUGCUCCCCCCGCUCCCCCAGACCCUGCCACCCCCACCUCACUUACCUCCCCCACCCCCUCUGUUCUCUACGGGGAAGGUCAAUGCCAGCCACAACUAGGGCCCCCUUCUCACCCUGGCCCUGCUGCUCUACCCCAGAGCCCUCUCAUUGCCUCUCGUCCAUGCCAAGUUUGUCCCGGCUGCACCUCCGAAAGGACCCCAUGG